GGCGAUCAGCUGGGAAGAACCUCAGACGUCUGAGCUUCCUUAAUGAGGACGUGUGAAGACAGCGCAAACACGGCACGGGGUCAGAAAAUGACAUAAAUGCCACAUAUGCUUCUCUACACCUUUAUUUUAAAUGAUCACGUUUUGGUAGUUGUCUAAUUAUUGAUUUUUAAGUUACUAGUUCAGAGAUACACGCAGGAGUCACGCAAACUCUGUAAUUACCGUUACGUUGGUUCCCCAUCUCGCAGGCGUGUUAUAAAUGCGUGAAAAGACGCAUUUCCGUCAACACAACACGUCCACCGUCGCUUUUACUGCGGCAGCUGGCGGGCUGCUGCGAACUUGCAGUAAUUGAUCGGAGCGCGAGCGCAGGACCCGCAGGACGAGCAGCGAACGGAGAGCGGGGCGCCGGGACAGGCUGCGGAGCGGAGACCCGUCCGUCCGUCCGUCCGUCCACGGCAGCGUGAGCCCCGCGCGGGACGACGCGUGUCGCCGUGCGGGAUUGGACCCCGCGUCCGACGCCGGCCAGCGCGGCGCUGACCGAGGCGCGAGGGGGGGGUGCGCGAGGCAUGUCCGGUCCGAGGGGGAGCGCGUUCGACGCCGCAGCUCCGAGACUUCAUCCCUGAUGCGCGCCGCGGAACCGGAUGGUGGCGAAACAAUGACCCGGGCUCUCUCCAUCCUCGCGUACGCCUUCUCGCUGGUUUGCUGUAGCAGCAGUGCUGACUCAGAGGAGCGCCUCAUGAAGUGGCUGCUCGGAAAGGACCGGUACAAUCCGCUGAUCCGCCCGGCUGUCAACAGGACCGAGAGAGUCACAGUGAAGCUGCAAGUGUCUCUGGCUCAGCUCAUCAGCGUGAAUGAAAGAGAACAGAUCAUGACCACCAAUGUCUGGCUCACUCAGCACUGGGAGGAUUACAGGUUAUCAUGGGACCCUGCCAAGUACGAGGGCAUCGACAAGCUGCGCAUUCCAUCCAGACACAUCUGGCUCCCAGAUAUCGUUCUGUACAACAAUGCUGACGGUACGUACGAGGUGACCGUCUUCACCAAUGCCAUCGUCCUCUUCAACGGCAGCAUCAACUGGCUCCCACCGGCCAUCUACAAAAGCGCCUGCAAAAUCGAGGUCAAGCAUUUUCCCUUCGACCAGCAGAACUGCACGCUCAAGUUCCGCUCCUGGACGUACGACCACACGGAAAUAGACCUGAUCCUGAAGUCGGAGGUGGCCAGCAUGGACGACUUCACCCCGAGCGGAGAGUGGGACAUCUUGGCCCUGCCAGGCAGACGCACCGUCAACGCUUUGGACCCCACGUAUGUGGACCUCACCUACGACUUCAUCAUCAAGAGGAAGCCUCUGUUCUACACCAUAAACCUCAUCAUCCCCUGCGUUCUGAUCACGUCUCUGGCCAUUCUGGUCUUCUACCUGCCGUCAGACUGUGGGGAGAAGAUGACGCUCUGCAUCUCCGUGCUCUUGGCUCUCACCGUGUUUCUGCUUUUGAUCUCAAAGAUUGUUCCUCCCACCUCUCUGGACGUGCCCCUCAUCGGCAAGUACCUGAUGUUCACCAUGGUGCUGGUGACCUUCUCCAUCAUCACUAGUGUGUGUGUGCUCAACGUGCACCACCGCUCACCCAGCACCCACACCAUGCCCGCCUGGGUCAAGCUGAUAUUUCUCAUCAAGCUGCCAGCCCUGCUCUUCAUGAGGCGCCCGCACAAUAACUCUGCGAAGCAGAGACUUCGUCGGCAGCGGUGCCUCCGGGCGAGGAGAGCCAUUUUGGGUCUGGGUUACCCAGUUUCAGCCAAAACGGGAAUCACCAUGUCAUCUUCUGCCUUGCUGUCCUCCGACUCGGCCUUCUCCACUCCGGGACACAAAAACACAGCUCCUCCAAUGAGCUACAGCCACCACAGGAUAGGGGAGCUCCCCUCCACCGACUACCUUCCCACGUUUACACAGAACCUCCCGCACAGAAGCGGCUCCAACUGGACCGCUGACGUCCAGGAGGCAGUGGACGGAGUGCGAUUUGUGGCCGAGCACAUGAUGGGAGAUGAUGACGACCAGAGCGUGAUUGAGGACUGGAAGUACGUGGCCAUGGUGGUGGACCGCCUGUUCCUGUGGAUCUUCGUUAUAGUGUGUGUGGUGGGCACUCUGGGCCUGUUCCUACAGCCUCUUUUCCAGAGUCAGAUUGUUGGCAACCAGCAGCCCAGCUCAGAGACCCCUCGCAUCUGAUCAGCAUCAAGACUCAGCAACUUACUUUUCUUUUCAUAAGCAAUCGAUCUUAUAGGUAUAAGUAUGUAAUAGCUUUCAAGUCUUCUUUUUUGCUUGUCGUGCUGCGCUGGCAGGGACCGGAGGCCCUAAAACUCUGCUCCGUGUGCCAAAUUCCACCAGUAUUGCACCUAAGUGGGUUUCAGGGAAAAAAAUGUCCUUGUGAACAACUUAAUAUGUGCAUUUGUGGAACAGACUGAAUCUUGGUGUAAGACACAACGUCUCAAUAAUCAAAACCUUGUGGCCUAAAGCAAUAAAACACAUUAUUGCUCCUCA